AUGCUAGUGCAGAGAAUUUGUUCAAUCAUUCCAUCAGUAUUCAGUAUUCUAACAGUGCAAUCUAUCAUUAAUUUCUCCCAGUUCCACUGUGCUAGACGAUUUUACAAGAACAUAGUCCCAAACCAAACGAUUUUUGAUGUUGAGUGCCCCGACAUUCUUUUCCGUAAGUUCAGUGAGGAUGGGCAGUACCUUAUAACCUUCAGCCGGAAUCAUCAGGAUCUCAUUGUUUACCGACCAACUUGGCUUUCCUUUUCAUGCAGUGAAAAAAAAUGCGAAUAUAAUCAUGACCUCCCUCCUAAAGCCAUUAAAUUUGAGAGUUAUUUCUUCAAAUUGUAUGCUCUUAAUCUUGCUUCUACUGCUGUUGGGGGUGCGAUUCCAGGAGUCCCGUCAAUCGAGAAAAUAACUUUCCACCUCGUGAGAUUGGAGGAUGGAGUUGUACUCGACCACAGGGUUUUCUGCAAUGAUUAUAUCAGUUUGGCGCAUUCAAUGGGUGCUUACUUGUACGAUGACUUGGUCGCUAUAGUUUCUUUACGUUAUCAAAAAAUACACAUUCUCCAAAUAAGAGAAUCGGGUAACCUUGUUGAUGUGCGGUCCAUUGGGGAAUACUGCAGUGAAGAUGACGAGCUUUUCUUGAAUUCUAGUGCUCAGUGCACGGCAAUCGCAGUCAGGAUUAGGACAGAUAUUGUUGAGGAUGGUUUUCAUAAUCAUCAGCAGCCUAUUUCAGAAGCUCCCUUCUUGGGUGGUUUAAAGCAGUGA